AUGAGUCUUGACCGAGACCCCGGACGAUCGAGUACCUCGUCCUACAAUUCCAACGGCAAAGCUCCAGCCGCCAAUCUACGUUUCCAGCGCCGCACCUCUGAACGCGCCUGGUUGGAGACAUCGCUAAGAGACGGCACGAUGGAGUCGCCCAGUCCGUGGGCCAGUAGCCCGGAUGCCUCGCGCACCAGUUUUGGCGAUGAUGGGAGGGUGAGCAGGCAGGAUUUGCCUGGGCCUGCUAUCAGGGAGGAACGUGAGCAUGAACAUGAGGGUGGAAGUGGAAGUGGGAGUAGCGGGCAGCAGUAUGCCUAUCAGCCUAAUCAGCCUGGGAAUUGGUCGCCGGAGCAGCAGAAUCAAUGGCAACACCAACAACAGCAACAGCAGCAGGCACAGUACGGCGGCCAGGAGAGGAUGUCGGCGGAGGAGAACAGGCGGCCGCAAUCGGCGAGGUAUCAUAAUGCGCCUCCACAUCAUCAACAGCAGCAGCAACAUACCCAAGCUAGGCAGCAACACAUGCAGCAGUACAAACUGCAAGUCAAGAUCACGGGACUGGAACGAGCAGGGAAGAAGGAUCCCAUCUUACGCUUCGACGUCUAUACCAACCUCCCCAAAUUCCGCACCACCCAGUUCCGCGACAUCCGUCGCACUCACGCCGAAUUCGAAAAACUCGCCGCCCACCUCGUAGCCUCGAACCCGGAAUCCCUCGUCCCUAGCGUCCCGCCAGCCAGCACCUCCGCCGGCCUCGGCACAGACGAAGACGAGAACCGGACCAAGACGGCCCUCCAACGCUGGCUCAACGUCGUCUGCAGCAACGACGUCCUAAUGCGAGACGAAGAAAUGGUCUUCUUCGUGGAAUCCGACUUCGGCUAUUCCCCAGUCGUACGGAAACGUCAACCAGCGACCGGCGUGCGAAGGAAAAUGCUCAAGCAAUUCGCACCGCCUCCGGACGACACGCCGGAAUUACUCGAAUCCCGACCAGUAGUCAAGGGCUUCUACCUCGGAAGCAUGGACGCCCAGCAGAAAAUCGACAAAGUCGUCAAACAUCGUCGUUCCUUAGGUGUAGCGGAGAACGAUCUCGGGACUAAAGUCUCCGCUUUAACAGCGCAGGAAACACAUCCGGGUCUAGCGAACGCGUAUAGGAAAUUGGGGAAAGUGAUCCAAGCCCAAGGAGAUUUCCAUGUUGCGCAGGGGACGGCGGAAGCGACGACCUUAUCUGAUCCGCUGGCGUAUCACAGCAGCGAUGCCUUCAUCGUCAAGGAGACGCUCACGAACAGACAUAUCUUACUGCGGGAAUUCACGCAAGCCCAACAAGCCACCCGCUCCAAGCUCUCCGCCGCCGACCGCCUGAAAGCCAGCUCCUCGGUGAAAAGAGAUAAAGUCGACGAAGCCAUCUCCGCCCUCGACGAAGCUCGGAGUCACGAAGCUUACCUCCAACAGAAAACCUCCCGCGUAACCUCUAACCUCUUAAUGGAGAAGAGGAAAUGGUUCGCCCGUACCGCCGCUGAUCUCAGGGCUGCGAUAAGAGAGUACGUCGUCCGGGAAAUCGAAGCCGAGCGCCGCACACUGGCGACGCUUGAGCAGGUACGGCCCGAUGUGAGGAAUAUCGAUGCUUCGGGCGGACUUUCGCGGUUGGGACGCGAGGCGCAGAUCGCUCUGAGACGCUCUAGUUUGGCGUCGAGUCAGGGGCCGAAGGGGGAUGCGUGGUCUGGUGUCCCACGCAGGCCAGAUGGGUUGGGGAGGUCGAUUUCGGGGUCUUUUGUUGCUGGUACCGGGGUUGCGGGUGGUGAGGGGGAGGGGGAGGAUGGUGGUGCGGAGGGUGCGGAGGGGGAGGGUGGUGAGAGAGUUGAGGGCGGCAAGGGGAAGGGAGGGAGGAAGAGGGGGGUCAGUAGUGCGGGGUCUUCUUUGGGGAGGGUGAAGGAGGAUGAGGGCGAGGAUGAGGAUGCGGAUCGGGUGGAUGCUAGGAAUGCUGCUUCCCGGCUGGCGCAGACGACUUUCUAG